GCCCCGCCCCGCCGGCAGCAGCGCACUCCGGAGCUCGGCGCGGAGCGGUGCGGAGCCUGUGGCCCUUCUCCGGUUCCAUCCCCUGUUCCCGGUCCCGAGUUCUGCCCGGCCGGGUCAUGCUCUAGCGGUGCCGGUGCCGGUACCGGGGCGCGGGGCCGAGCGGGGCGGAGGAGCGGAGCGGGGCAGCGGGCCCCCCCCCCCCUCGCGCCCCCUGCCCGGAGCGCGGCCGGGACGGGAGCAUGCGGAUCCUCUUCCUCUGCCUUCUGACUCUCGCUGAUACCCACGGACAAGUGGCACAGACGCGGUUCGUGGAGGAACCAGAGGACCAGACAGUGGUGGCUGGCCAGAGGAUCGUCCUCUCCUGCGUGGUGCUCAAUUAUUCCGGGAUCGUGCAAUGGACCAAAGACGGCCUCGCCCUGGGGAUGGGGCAGGGGCUCAAAGCCUGGCCACGCUACCGCAUCGUGGGCACAGCCGACUCCGGCCAGUACAACCUGGAGAUCACUGACGCCGAGCUCUCCGAUGACGCCGUGUAUGAGUGCCAGGCCACCGAGGCUGCACUGCGGUCCCGCCGGGCCAAGCUCACCGUGCUGAUCCCCCCCGAGGACCCCAGCAUCGAUGGAGCCCCUGAGAUCCUGCUGCGCGCGGGGACGCCGUACAAUCUGACCUGCCGGGCACGCAACGCCAAGCCGGCGGCCACCAUUGUCUGGUACCGGGAUGGGCUCCAGCAGGACGGAGCCAUCACCAGCACGGAGGUGUUGGCCGACGGCAAGCGGGAGACGACCACCAGCCAGCUUGCCAUCAACCCAACUGACCUUGACAUCGGGCGGGUGUUCUCCUGCCGCAGCACCAAUGAUGCCAUCCCAGCGGGCAAGGAGACCUUCAUCAAGCUCAACGUUCACCAUCCCCCGACUGUCACCCUGUCCAUCCAGCCCCAGACGGUGCAGGAGGGCGAGAGGGUUGUGUUCACCUGCAUGGCGACUGCCAACCCUGAGAUCAAAGGCUACAGGUGGGCCAAGGGAGGGGUGAUCAUUGAGGAUGCCAAGGAGAACAAGUACGACACACAGGUGGAUUACACUUUCUUCACGGAGCCCGUCUCCUGCGAGGUGCACAACGACAUUGGCAGCACCAACGUCAGCACGCUGGUGGACGUGCACUUUGCCCCUCGGAUUGUGGUGGACCCCAAACCCACCAUCACAGACAUUGGCUCCGACGUGACACUGACGUGCGUGUGGUCCGGCAACCCACCGCUGACCCUCACCUGGACCAAAAAGGAGUCCAACAUGGUCCUGAGCAACAGCAACCAGUUGUACCUGAAGUCUGUCACGCAAGCCGACGCAGGGCAGUACGUCUGCAAAGCCAUCGUCCCCCGCAUAGGCGUGGGCGAACGCGAGGUCACCCUCUUUGUCAAUGGACCCCCCAUCAUCUCGAGCGAGGCCGUGCAGUACGCGGUACGUGGGGACCGCGGCAAGGUGGAGUGUUUCAUCGGCAGCACACCACCCCCGGACCGCAUCGCAUGGGCCUGGAAGGAGAACAUUUUGGAGGCAGGGACGCUGGAGCGGUACACAGUGGAGCGGACUAACACGGGCAGCGGGGUCCUCUCCACCCUCACCAUCAACAACGUCAUGGACGCCGACUUCCAGACCCGCUACAACUGCACGGCCUGGAACAGCUUUGGGCCAGGGACCGCUAUCAUCCAGCUGGAGGAGAAAGAGGUCUUGCCCGUGGGCAUCAUCGCCGGUGCCACCAUUGGGGCCAGCAUCCUCGUCAUCAGCUUCCUCAUCGCACUCACCUGCUUCCUCUACCGGCGCCGGAAAGGAAGCCGUAAGGAUGUCACCCUGCGCAAGCUGGACAUCAAGGUGGAGACAGUGAACAGGGAGCCCCUGACGCUGCAUGCAGACCGCGACGAGGACACGGCCAGCGUCUCCACGGCCACCCGUGUCAUGAAGGCCAUCUACUCGUCGUUCAAGGAUGAUGUGGACUUGAAGCAGGACCUUCGCUGUGACACCAUCGACACCCGCGAGGAGUACGAGCUCAAGGACCCCACCAACGGCUACUACAAUGUCCGCGCCCAUGAGGACCGCCCAUCCUCCCGCACCGUCCUCUACGCCGACUACCGCAACCCCGGCCCAGCACGCUACGACACCCGCCCACCCUCCCGCCUCUCCCACUCCAGCGGCUACGCUCAGCUCAACACCUACAGCCGUGGUCCCACGUCCGACUACAACGCCGAAGCGGCACCGGGUCCCGGACCCCCUCCCGGCACAGCAGGUGGUGAGACGGCAAGCCAGCUCUCCUAUGAGAACUAUGGGGGUCACGCUGCCUUCCCAGCCGGCACCGGUUAUGCCACCUACCGCCUGGGGUACGGUCAGCCCCCCAGCCUGGACCGGGCACCCUAUGACGCCUACGACCCCAUGGGCAAGUACGCCAGUGCCACCCGCUUCUCCUACACCUCCCAGCACUCGGACUACGGGCAGCGCUUCCAGCAGCGGAUGCAGACACACGUCUAGGGUGGGCGGGGGCUGGCAGGCAGCACCGAAAACAGGGGGGUGGGGGUGCACAGGUAGCAGGGGUCCACAGGUACCUCAAGACUGUCCCCUGAUAUUCAGGGGCUCAUCCUGACCCUCCUGUCCCGCUUCUCCUCCGGCAGCUGGACUCCCCAUGCCGGGGUUUGCUGGCGGUGGGGAUGUGCCCCAAGUCUCUUCGAGCUUCCACACAUUCAGUUCUUUUUCGGUACCUUCCCAGAGGAGGGAGAGGGUUGGGGGGAACCCUCCCCCCCGUGCCCACCCCAUCUCCCCCCCUUCCCACCCAGCCUCAGCGGGUGCGUGCAGGUCCGCGCAGCUGUCGGGGCCAGCUCUGCAGCCUCUGCUCUCCCACCAUCCCAGAUCCCCCCCCGAGCUCCACAGGGCCAGAUCCUUCCCCGAUGGGUCCCCAGUGCCCCUGAGCCAGCACCCGCUUCUCCCUCCUCUGCAGGAGCAGGGGGCUGCACAUGAGCUGCCCCCAGAAACACCUCCCCCAUCCCAGCCAGACCCCCGUGCGAGGGAGCAGGGAGGUGCUAUAUGUGCGUAUAUACGUGUCUGUAUGUACAUACAUAUAUGCAAUGCCUGGUUUCUGGUUUCGCGCAAAAAAGCCCCAUCCCAGCCCAUUCCCGUUCCCUGUGCCUUGAUUUCGGGGACAGCCCUGACUCGGGGCCGGCUCCCCACUUCCCCAUCCGUCCCACCUGCCCACAGCCCCUGCACCCACCCUUGGAGCUGCAAGCAGGGGGUGCCCCAGGGGUCCCAGGGGAUCAGGACCAGUGAGUUCUGAACAGCAGACCCCCGGCAUCUGUGUGCCCCCCCCCCCAUACGCACACUCAUACCUAUGGGACAGGCAGCGGUGGAUUUCCAUCCCGCUGUUGUCAGCCUGACCCUGAGCAACACGCUGUUGGACCAGCCAGCUCUGUCCCACCAUCACUGCCACAGCUGGUGGCACCAGCCGGCGUGGGGAUUUGGGGAAGGGGGGGGGGUCCCUCUUAUGAAUGUAUAUAAAGGCAUAUAUAAGGGGUGUAAGCACCCUCCCAGCCACCAGCAAGCGUUACAGCUCUGCAACCCCAUCCCCAGCAUGCUCACGCCCCAGCCCCGAGGGUUUGGUGAAUGUUUUGAGCCGUGGCAAACCAAACCAGCCAGGAGCGGGAGCUCGGCCAGUCCCCCAGCUCCAAGGACUGGGAGGCACUGGGCAGCCAGGGCGAUGGGGGCCCUGAUUUCGCUGCCUGCAGCAAUAAUGCUCACCUGGCCACCAGCUCAGGAGCUGGGGGACAGGGGUCUUGCCGGCGUGUGAUGAGUUUUGGAGGGAGGGUGGAGGCACAAGGCGGGUUUUGGCUGGGGAGCCUUUCCCAGUCACAUUGCUGCCCAAAGCUGUCCCUGUGGUCCCCUGGGAUUAGGUACGAAACACCUCCCCAUGUAUGCCUGCCCCACGGGGUCUGCCACAGGAAGGGGGACGUACUUUGGGGUCCCCGUCCCACUGAGCACACCCUGUUCCCAGCCGCCAACAGAGCUGGACCGCGGUGAGCUGAAUCUGGCCCCGUCGCCAGCAGGUACGAUUUUGGAAGGCUGCUGGGAGGGUUUGGGAAGGGGCUGGCAGAGCCGUGAUGCUGAUGCAGCCCCAGUGGCACAGCCGGGGGGGCGGAAUCACUUACCCCCCUCCUUUCCUCCUCGACCACCCCCAAAAGGUACUGUCAGGACGGGCCAAACCCUGGAAGGUGCUGAGCCCGCGCCCAGCCUGAGCCUCCGACUGCAGGACUGCGUGCCAUUUCUUUUAAUGGUGCCUGAUGUAACCCCCACCCCAACACCCUCCUCCUCGCCCCGCACCCCUCCACACACACACACCCUCCCCGGGGACGGCCCCGUUUUUGGGGGGCUCCCAUCCCAGGUGCUGCACCCCCACGUCGAUAGCAAUAGCCACUGCGGCAGCGCGGGACGGGCACCCUCCCCAGCCAUCCCCGGGUGCCGUGAAUCGAAGCCGAAGCUUUAAAUUAAAACUCCCCCGGGGUGGGGAAUGGGACUCCCCCCCAGCCCACCCCGAGACCACGGCUGAGCCCCACCCCUUCCGGCACCGGGUGAGCGGGUCCCUUCCUUAGCACAGGCUGUUUUAGACCCCUAGAGACACGUAUCUGUGAUCCCCCAUCCUGCCCCAACCUCCCAUUUUUUAUUUUUCAUUCUCCUUUUUUUUAAAUAUUAUGUACUAUAUUUUUAGUCUUAA